AUGUCUGAAGACAUGUGCGACUCAAUGGCAAGUAUGGCUCGACACCCGUCGCCCACAGAUAACAGACACCAACUCAUGAGUCGAUGGCAUUCGCCGACAACCAGACAGUUAUGCAGAGAUAGACUGCUCUCAAGACUGAAACAGAGCCAAGAAAUGCGGUCAUCACUCGUCGAUCGCAUGAGAAAAAUCGAUAUCAAUAACGACACCGCAGAUGACGGCGACGAAGACAACGCGUACGUCGACGAAGAGAUUCAACACAUGAUGAACACCGAUGUGGACAUGAUGUCGAUGUCGGCCCAAGAGUUGCACCAAUUGACAAACGAAGUGAGACAAGAGUUUCUCAACGAACAGUCAAAGUCGUGGGAAGGCCUGCAGACCAAAGAGGAUCAGCGCAAGAGUCAACAGUUCGUGAACUCACUGCAAGUGCAUCGAGUGAUUCCGUGUCCCUAUUGUAAGACACACGCCAUGGAGAAGACGGCGUCGGCGUAUCUCAUGUGUCCGUCGUGUGCCAUACGCUUUGAAACGGAUCUCACUGUCGAACAGAUCAUCGCAAGAAUGUUUGAAGUAUUGAAUUACCAUUCAAUGAGCGAAUGCACGGAUCGGUUCCCGCAGUUCAAUAUGUUUAAUACAAAUCUAAUUAUCUAUUGCGACACGUGUCCACUCAAUCAGACCAUUCUCUAA